ACGAUGGUGAUCGAGGCUUGAUGGGGUUUCCUGGUUUUCAAGGUCCAAAAGGUCCUGUUGGAGAUAUUGGUUAUAAAGGAAUUCAAGGUCCAAAAGGCCCAAUGGGAUCAUUUGGAAACAGCGGACCAUUUGGACCCACUGGAAUUAUCGGUCCUGCUGGGAAACCGGGUCCAAAGGGAGUGAAAGGGGCCAGAGGGGAAAUGGGACCUGAAGGACCACGCGGGCAGCCUGGACCACCAGGUCCUCCUGGGACCCCUGGUCCGUUGAGACAUGCGGAUAUCAAUGCAGCUAUUCAAGCCUUGAUUGCAUCCAAUGAAGCCCUUCAGUUUGAGAAUUACCAGAACACUGACGUCCCACUCGUAGAGCAAGGAAUGGAGAUUUUCAAAACUUUACACUAUCUCAGCAGCUUGAUGCAAAAUAUCAAGAACCCCCUGGGAACCAAGCAGCAUCCUGUUCGGAUUUGCCGGGACUUGCUGAACUGUGAAAGUAAAUUAUCUAAUGACAAAUACUGGAUUGACCCCAACUUGGGCUGCUCUUCGGAUACUAUCGAAGUAUUCUGCAAUUUUAACACUGGCGGCCAAACAUGUUUACACCCUGUCACUACAUCCAAGCUGGAUUUUGGAAUUGGAAAAGUACAGAUGAAUUUUUUACAUUUGCUAAGUUCAGAAGCCAUACAGACAGUUACAAUUCAUUGUCUCAAUUUCCCAGUUUGGAAGAACAGUACCAACAAGGAUCCUUUCGCUAAUUCCAUACACUUCAGAGGAUGGAAUGGCCAGAUAUUUAAGGCAAAUACAGUAUUUCAACCCAAGGUUAUAAGAGAUGGGUGCAAGAUUCAAGAUGGGACUUGGCAACAGACACAGUUCGUUUUCAACACUCAGGUUGUUAGUCAACUUCCGAUCGUUGAAAUUCACAAGCUCCCUCACAUCACAUCAGCGAAACAGUACCGUAUAGAAAUUGGCCCAGUCUGCUUUCUGUAGGAAGAUAACACAACUGAGUUGCCCUCAUUAAGUCUGUCGGGAAGUUAGACUCCCUGGAGCUGUCAGUUUUUGGAGAGAUUAUCUCUGUUCGCUGUGGAGAGCUCAGGAACAAUUUUUAUUCAAACUGACUCCUCACAAAGAGUGAAUUGAUGCCUCUCUAUCUCAGUCACUGCAGUUAGCUGGAAAUGAAGGCAUUUGAUGGAUCAGGCACAAUAUUCUGUGCUCCAAGUCACAGAAACUUUCAGUAACGUAUCAGUUGAGACUUCCGCUCCACUCACUCAGCCAAGACUGAGAAAGAAAGACCCUUAAUAGCACUGAAGGCUAUUUAUUGCAGAAUGUGCAAUGUCUUCCAAUGAGAGGUGGAAGACAGCUCGGAACAAGUGCGCAGUUUUAUCUAAUCUUAUCUACGUCUAGAAGUGUCCUCUACCUCCGAUACCCUACCUGUCUUCCAUCUGGACUUUUGACACUUCUGGAUGUUCCUCAUGUUCAACAGUCAACAGGCCAGUCUGUUGAGAGAUCUGUCUUGCCCACUUUGUGGAGGUACAUAUCCACGUAUCUAAGGUUAGCAAGGGUCAGGGUGAUUCCCAAUUAGAUGCAAGCCAUAGUUGGUUUUCAAUCAUUGAAGCAGCUGAUUAGCUCAGUAGUAACCUUCCUGCAGUCUGCACAGGUAAAUCCAUCCAAGGCCUUAGGGAAUUGCUUUGUACUGUUAUUGGCACCCAACUGAGAAGGGUCUAAUUUAUCAAGAGCCAGGUGGGGCCCCUCCAGCACCACUUGAUUAUAAAAUGCUUAUCUCUGGUGCAUUUUGAACCAAUGCCCUUGUUCAGAUAUUGGGUCACUGAGCUGCCAUUGAGGACUCACUCUCCACUGAUAGGCAUGCCUCCUCGGAGACAACUCAACCCAAAAGACCCUUCCAAUUCCUUCCCUGUCCACUCACUCCCAUCAGCUCCAUAUCCCCACACAACCCCAAUUCCCAACCCCAACUUUCCAAAGCGCAGGUUGUUGGACAGGCGGGCAACAUGCAUCCAAAACACCAGUGCCAACGCUCAGCAGAAGGCAUUCUGUAGUGUAGCACCAAGCACAGACACAGACCCAGCCACCUACAUAUAACCAUCUGGUAGUGGUUGUACAGGUGAGGCUCUUUAGCUGAACAUUGACCAAGGUGGGUACUGAACCCUGGUUAUUGACUUACACGUUGGCAUUCACAGGUGAUGCCCCUUCCCCUGUCAUUCCUGAACCUCAGAGUUUGCUCAUGUGAUGGACAUCUGCCAUCAGCAGAUACAGAUACAAAGAACUGCAGACUACAGUUUGUGACACAUCAGCCUCCUGGAUGUCCUAGGUGCUAGUCAAUAAGGUGCUACGGUUUUGAUAUUAUUUUGUUUUUUCGAAAUGUAUGUACUGGCUACAUUCAGUAUUUUUCUGUUUUAAAAGUACUUAUUUGGUCAUUUAUUUCUAUCAGAAACAUUAUUUAUAUGAACUGUGUAAUUAUACCAAUUGUGUCUGACAUUGUAUGGAAGUGCUGUACAGAUUGGCACAGUGUGUGUGGUGACUGUAGAUAGACAAAAAUGCUUCGCUAGUUAGAGGAAUGUUGUAGAACAACUACAUGCUUUCUGUUCAGCUUUAAGGUUAUACCUUGCUAUUAUAUAUUAAAUCUUGAUCACUCA